CGGAAUGAGAACCGAUAAAACAGCUCGUGUGCUUUCGCCAAUCUUCGGUAAAGGGGGAAUGCGUCUGUAUCUCUUGAAACACGUGGUUGAAAACAUGGCGCUAUCCGCGAAACGCGAAGGUCUGAAACACGUACCUUGGUUCUCACUACAAGAAUGGCUUCAGGUGUACAAUCAGAUUUAUUCAAAUGACACUGUAGAACAAGACAAGGGUUACAAAACUCUUCUAGUAUGGAAAGCAAGGGUUCCAAAAUUACCAGUUGGUAUAGAAUGUACAUUGGGUCUGAUUCAAGUUUGUCUACGAGAUAGAGAAUUAACUUUACGUAUUGAUAAUGAUGAAGUACCUGUAUUAUAUGAGAAUGACUUGUGUCUCAUGUAUUCCACUAUGAUAAUGCGAUUCUUAAAUCACAUAUCUAACAUAGGAAAUACCAAACAAAUAUCACUUUUUCAAAUAGCUAGGCAACUCAAGAUUCCUGAAUGGAUAGUGAAUCUGAGACACGAUACAGCACACGGCCAUGAUCUACCAUCUCUGAGCUCUUUGAGAUUGGCUGCAAAUAUGUUGUUGACAUGGCUGCAUGAUGAAUAUUGGGCUAGUGAAGCUAAAAAUAUGGAAGAGUAUUUGAUGAAACAAAUGGAGGACACAGAAGACGAAGAGGUGGAGUCAGAAGAAGCAGAAGCUUUGAAGGAUUUAAUAGAACUGUGGGUUGCUAUUGGCUUAUAUAUGCGAGCCAAUUACUCCUUAGUGGAGGAGAUUCCUGAUAGUCAUUUACAAAAUGCUUUACAAGAUCUUCGUAAGUUCACGUUGAUCUUAUCAGCAGGAAAAACAUAUAAUUCCCCUUCUGUGGCUGCCUUCAAGCAGGGGGACAGUCGGGACUUGAAAAGCACAACUAGCGAUGUUGAUGAGGAAACUGUAUUAAAUAAUACGGAUAUUAAAAGUGAUAAAAAAUUUCAAUUAUCCACUGCACGAGGUAUUCUUCUAACUGAGAUGUCAAGAUAUCUAGGAAAAAAUAAAUCAAUAUCAAACAAGGAGGAACGAGUGCUGAAAGUUUUACUGGAAACUGAAGUAUUUCUACCUCAAGAGGAUUUUCUAGAAAUCUUCAGUAAUGGCAAAAGCUCAGACAAGUCGAGUGAAGACGAUCUUCCAUUGGACAUGAUAUAUUUUUGGCAAGACUUUAUUCUGUUGUUGCAAGAAACGAAGAUGUUAGAAUCGACAAUUUUGAGAUUACUAAAAUUACUCAAUGAUUCCACUGAAGAUCAUUAUAGGAAACAAAUGGCUGCACUGUGGAUAAAAGCUAUAGUUCGCGGUUUAUUAAAAAUGAAAGUGUCUCAGCAUAUUUCAGAGACGCUACAAUAUUCAUUGAAAAAGAAAAAGCGAAUUAGUACCAAAUCAAUGUCAUUAAGAAUUCGAAAUAAGCUCAACCAUCUUCAUCCAGAACUAAAAAAUGAUCUAACGUUAAAUAUCUUAGGCGACAUUCCAAAUUGCGUAACAAAUUUCGAUUUUGUCACCAAUCUAGUCCUAAACGCGAAUGAAUAUUCUGCAAAAUUUAUUACGGUAUUCUUAGAUCUUGUUACUCCAAGUAUUGAGCAAGAUCGAAAGCAACUCUUGCUUGACCUUAUCAAAAUUUAUAUUGGAGAAGAUAUUGUCAAUGGCGAUGCAAGUACUACCGAUAAAGACAGGAUAUACACCAUAGAAGAUUUUGAAAAAUAUUCCGCUGAAGAAAAUCAUCCGGAAGACAUGGAAGUAGAAGAGAUUUCUGAACAGGCAGAACGUAGACCAAAAAUAUUUGAUCAGACAAUCCGUAAUACUAACUGGAAAUUAGCAUCACACAAUUACGACUGGGGUUCUUGUCCAAUUGGUAUAUUACCCUGGCAGUUGGACACUAUGGAAUCAUUACCACCGAUGACUGCGGUGACUCCAGUCAAGGAAAUUAAACUUCCUGUUACAGAUAGAGAAUCCAAAAUAGUACCAGGAAUAAUAGACAUGAGCAUUUUGAAAAUGAGGAGUAACGUCAGUUGGGAUGGAAUUUUCAGGAAGAAAAGGAGAAUCAAGAGGAAACGUCGAACGGAAGAAACGGACGUAAUCAUUAACAAGGCAAUAGAAAUUGUCAAAAAGCAUCACUAAUGUACUUUCCUUUAUCACAGAAUGGAUAUAGUAGGAGACACGUGCAAUCCAAUGAAACUGUGAGAUAUAAUUGUUUGUAAUAAAAUUUAUUUAAACGA